AUGUUUUGUAUACAGGUGCUGAUAUGUGCCAAUAAAGCAAUAACCAACAUCGGCAAAGACCGAGAGAACCUCUCUAUCCUGACUGACUAUGAGGUGGUACCGCUGCUUAUUGACCUGGUCAAUACGGUAAUACGACCGAAUGAGUUACCUCUUAUCUGGCUUAACAUAUCAAAAGAAAAUUAAACAUCACAAUCUUAUUCGCCAAUAGUGUGCGGUCAUUACUUCGCAUGUCACGAUAGUAUGCUGUGCCGUACCUUGAGCGUGUGCCACUGAUAAGUUGCUGAAGGCCGUACUAACUGUUGAACAAGUCCAUGCUUGGCGAGUUUAAUUUUAUUUUUUUCAACGUACAUUGUCAUAUAAAUUCCUUCCUUUGGUGAUUUAUUUGACAUUGUCCUAAACCUUCAAAAUGUAUCUUAUCGUAUUCUGCGAAUUUCAUGACAAAAGUAGUUUGCACCUUGAACAACGUGCGGUAAUAGUUAGUUAGCUUAUCUUUUCUUCAACAAGCAACUGAGUAUCGGAUCGCCGCUUAUCUUUUUAUGUCGGUUUUUACCUUUUUCACCCCUACGUACCAAUUUAGUUUUAACAGAAAUGGUGUCCUUGUUGUAGAGAUUUUUGUAGCAAAGAGUAGGCAUCGUAAGAUUUUAUGACAAGAUAGCAUGGGUCUUGAAAAAUCUCUAUUUUUUCUUAUGCGUAGGAAGAUGAAGAGCUAAAGAGAUGGGUCGCAGAGGCGAUUGCAACGUAAGCCAAUCUUUCUUGUAUUUAUAAAUAAGUUAUGCAGUCGUUAUAUGCUCGUUUUCAUCUUUUAAACGAAAUAUGUGACAACUCUAAUUUAGAUGCAGUGGACUGGAAAAGAACAUCAAGUCAUUCUCACCAGUGAUCGUUCCCCUGGCGGACAGCCUCAAACGUUCCUCUGACGUGGCCGUCAAACGAGCGGUCGCCUGGGCGCUAGAAAAACUAUCACGUGACCAGUACAACUGUUACUUUAUUCACCAGCAUGAUUCUCUGAAGGUAACGUGACUUGCUUGAAACGAAAAGUUAAAAUAUGUACGUUUGAUCGAAAAAAAAGUUUGACGUUAACUGUGAUGUUAACUUACUAACGGGAAUGCCGGAAAGUUCUGUAAGGGCACGUAGUGUAAAAGAAAGUGGACGUGAUGAUUGCAACACAAAGCUGUUAUACACUGUAGUUUAAGUGAUUUUUUUUAUUUCUUUCUCUCUUUUUUCAACAGACGUUAUUGACAUUAACAGGAUCGACGGAUGAGCGAGUCCAAGAGGCAGCGGCAGCCUGCAUAAAAAACAUGCGCGUAAACACUAUGAACAUGCUUUCAAGAUAG